AUGAACCAAUCACCACCACACGGUGAUAUCAAUCAAUCUUGUGACGUAGUUGAAAAGAAAGAAGUUUCAACAGAUCACAAUACACACCCAUCUAUUAUUCCUAAUGGUUCCCUUCAAGUUCAGGAUAAUAUUCUUACUACAACAUCUAAUAACACGCCUCCAGCAAUUGUUCAAAACCAACUUGACGAAAAUAUUAUUAACCAAACUGUUUUAAAGGAAACUGGAAAUAAUACUAAUUUUCUUUUAAAAGAAAACACUCAGUCUAAUGAACAAACAAAAGUUAAACAAGAGUCUUACAUCAUUAAUUCUUUUGAAAGUGUUAAACAAGAAACUAAAAUAGAUGAAGAACAACCUAUUCAACCGAAACAAAUGAAACACGAAGAAAAUGUUUUAGUGCCUAAAAUUGAUGGAGAAGGUAUUAAACAAGAAAUAACACAAGAGCAAAACCUUCAAAAGAAUGAUCUUAAUCACAAAGUUAAACAAGAAGAUAUCCAAAUUCAUGUAAAACAAGAACAACCAUUACAGCAUAUUCACAAUCCGUUACAACCCCCUAUACAACAAAUAAAUCAACAAAAUCAAAAAAUACCGCUACAACAACCUUCUUUAGUGUUAAGCCCAACUCAACAAAUUGGUAUUCCAUCUAAUGGAAUAGUUUCUCAACAACGAAUUCCUCAACAACAAGUCCAACAACCUCCAAAUGGAAUUGUUAAUCAAAACAUAUCCCAACAACCUGGAGUCAUUCAACCUCAUACAAUACUUACUGCUUCAGGAAUGAUACAACAAAACCAUGCACUAAAAUUACAAUUAAAUACACCAAUUCCUCAACCUACAGUAUCUCCACAAGGUAUUCAACCAAUACCAAGAGUUCCACAAGGAGGAGUUGUUCCACCACAACCAGGAUUUCAGCCACCACCAUUUCGAUAUCCACAACAAUUUGUUGGUCAAUUUAGAGCACCGUUUAAUGGUAAUAUAAAUCAAAGAGUUCCAUUAGGUAAUUAUCUUAAAUUUGCACCUGUACAUAGCGUGUUACCACCACAAAGAGUUGGAGUUACUCCUAAUGGGCAGCCUCCCUCAGGUAUGCAAAGGUGUCAAUUUAGACCUAUGUUUAAUCCCGUACAAGUCGAUGGAAGAUUUAUGCAAUACCCAUUACAAGGACCACCACCACCUUCAAUGUUUCAAAGUAGACCUGUUGUUCGACCUCAUGUUAAAUCAACUGUAAGACAUGACAUUCCAGCAGAGACGCAAGCAAAACUUCAGUCAAUGAAAGCAGCUACAAUUACAAAACAAGUAAUACCAAUACGAGUUAUAGAAAAAAAGGAAAAAAAAGUAAAAGAAGAAAAAGAGGAAGUUAUUCCAACAAGAAAGUAUUCAUUUAGAGAUAGAAAAAAGUCAGCUAAAAUUGUUGAAGAAGAACAGUUAGAUGAAUAUGAGUCUGAGUCUGAAAAGAAAAAAUCCACAACAAUUAAAAAGUUUCUUAAAGAACCUACAACAGAGAAAAUUGUUGAAAAAAUAUUAUCUAUGAAAGGGUCAGAUGAUUUAGACGAAGCUGAAUUUAUGGUAAAGUAUAAAAAUAGAAGUUAUAGAGAUGUUGAAUGGGUAAAAGGAAAAGAUUUAUCAGAAGUUAUUCAACCAACUCGACUCAAACGGUUUGCUUCUAAAUAUCAUUAUAAUGAAGAGGAUGAUAUUUUUCCACCUGAAUAUACACUUGUUGAAAGAAUUUUAUUUGAAAAAGAAAUUAAUGGAGAAGAAUAUUGUUUAGUAAAAUGGGGAGGAGGGUUAUCUUAUUUAGAAGCAACAUGGGAAAAGAAAUCUGAAAUUAAAGACCAAGACAAGUUAGACGAAUACAAAAAGUUUCAUAUUCCACCAGACCCAUCUACUAUUGAACCACCACUACCUGAUAGAUUAUGGCAAGUACAAGAGCAUCCAUAUAGACAUGAUAAUACAUUACGUUCUUAUCAGAUGGAAGGAUUAAAUUGGUUAGUAUUUAAUUGGUGUAGAGGAAAAGGGUGUAUUUUAGCAGAUGAAAUGGGUUUAGGAAAAACUGUACAAGUAGUAGCUUUCUUUGAACAUUUAAGAUCAUUUCAAAAAUUACCAGGACCAUUUUUAGUGGUUACUCCAUUGUCUACAUUAGAACAUUGGAGAAGAGAAAUUAAUGAAUGGACUGAUAUGAACGUUGUUGUAUAUUUAGGAACUAAAGAAAAUAGACAAUUAAUUCAACACUAUGAAUGGUUUUAUUUAAACAAAGAUGAGAAAGAAAUAUCUAAACAAAUUAAAUUCCAUGCAUUAAUUACAACAUAUGAAAUGAUUAUGAGUGAUUAUGAAAUAUUAUCUCAAAUACGCUGGCAAGUUACUGUUGUUGAUGAAGCACAACGAUUAAAGAAUAAAAGUUCAAAAUUAAAUAAAACAUUAACAGAAAUACCAUCAUAUCAUAAAAUAUUAUUAACCGGAACUCCAAUUCAAAAUAACAUUGAUGAAUUAUGGACAUUACUUAAUUUUAUUAAUCCAGAGAACUUCCCUUCUUUAGAAAAUUUCCAUGAAAAGUUUGGUGACGCUAAAACUGCUGAUGGAGUUAAAGCAUUACAAACAGAAAUUCAACCAUAUCUAUUAAGAAGAGUUAAAGGAAAUGUUGAAAAAUCUAUUCCACCUAAAGAAGAGAUAUUAAUUGAAGUGGAACUAACUUUAGUUCAAAAGAAAUAUUAUCGUGCAUUAUAUGAUAAAAAUAGAGAGUUUUUAAAUAAAGGAUGUGUUGGGUCUAAUGUCCCUCAUUUACAAAAUUUGAUGAUCCAAUUAAGAAAAGUUUGUAAUCAUCCAUUUUUGAUUCCUGGAGUUGAAGAAAAAGAAAUUGCUAAUCCAGAGGACCCAGAGUCAUAUGCUCAGGAAUUGAUUAAGUCAUCAGGUAAAAUGGUAUUAUUGGAUAAAUUAUUACCAAAGUUGAAUACAGACGGACAUAAAGUAUUAAUAUUUAGUCAAUUAAAAGGAGUAUUAGAUAUAUUAGAAAAAUAUCUUAGUUAUAAAAAAUAUACAUAUGAACGGCUUGAUGGUAGUGUUCGGUCGAAUGAUAGACAAAACGCUAUUGAUAGGUUUAUGAAAGGAGAACGAUUUGUAUUUUUGUUAUGUACUAGAGCUGGUGGUAUUGGUAUUAAUCUAAGUGAAGCUGAUACAGUUAUUAUUUAUGACUCUGACUGGAAUCCACAAAAUGAUUUACAGGCACAAGCCAGAUGUCAUAGAAUUGGACAAAAGAAAGAAGUUAAAGUUUAUAGAUUAGUUAGUAAGAAUACGUACGAACGUUAUAUGUUUGAAAGAGCAUCAAUGAAACUUGGAUUAGAUCAAGCUAUUUUAUCAAAUAUUAAUAAUACACCUGGAGAAGUUAAUAAAGAAAAUGAAAAAUUAAGUAAAGAAGAUAUUACUUCUUUAUUAAAAUAUGGAGCUUAUGGAUUAUUAAAAGAUGACGAUGAUAAAGAUAAUAAUUUUUGCGAAGAAGACAUUGAUCAAAUUAUGGAAAAAAGAACUUCUAAAGUUGUAUGGAAAGGAGACCAAGUUGCAGCUUCAAGUAGUUUUUCUAAAGCCACAUUUGUUUCAGAAACAGGAGAUGUUAUUGACUUAAAUGAUGAACAUUUUUGGGAGAAAGUUUUACCAAAAUUAAGAACCCCUGGUCAAUUAUUUAGAGAUUUAGAGAAAGCUUUUGAGUUAAAUACUGAAGAAUUACUUGUGUGGCUUGAACAAAAUUUAGAAGAGUUUAUUAUUGAAAUGAAACAACACAUUGAUUCUAUAGUAGAAGCAUACAAUGAGGCUAAAGGACAUAUCCUUCCUGAAAGAGAUACUAUUGUAAAAUGUAUUGAGUUAUUACUUACAAAAGAGGAUUUAAUUACUGAAGACAUUGUUGAUGAAUUAAAAACUACAUUAGAUACAUUAAAAUUCUCUAGAAAGAAAAGAAAAAAUGUUUUUAUUCCUAUUGAUGGAGACGAAGAAGAAUUAAAGAAAGGAAAACGGUUAAAGAAAGCUGACAUGCCAGAAGAAAUAAAAAAGAAGUUUUAUGAAGAAAUUAUUAAUGUAGGAAGAGUAGAUUUUACUGUUAUUAGAGAGAAAUCAGGUAUCAGUAUGGAAUGGGAACAAGAUGAACUAAGGAGUAUGGCCAUUAUUUUCUUAAAACAGUGUGCAGCUAUGGCAGAUAAAAUUAGUGUAAAUAAAAGAUACUUCACACAAUUGUUAGAACAAUAUCAUUUCGUUAAACGAGUAAGAAAAGGUGGAAGAGAUGAUAUAUUGAAACAGGGGCAUGUUUAUUCAUUAAGAGAUGAUUUCUCAUGGAUAGAAGAAAGUGUAAAGAAGUGGGAAUCAAAAUUAAAAUAUAUGAAUAGAUUCCUUAAAUUGAUUGGUCCAGAUAAGCAAAUACCAGAAUUACAUUCUGGAGUUCACUUAACUAAUUGGUGGACAGAACAAUGUGACCAUGAAUUAUUAGUUGGAUUUUUAAAAUACGGAUUUGAAAGUAGAGAAUUAAUACAAGAAGAUGACUCAUUAAUGUUCUACAGAUUAUUAGAAAAUCAAUCAGAAAAGAGUGAGAAAAAAGAAGAUGAAGAACCUGCACCAAUUCAAACAUCAUAUGAACUUCCAACAAACCCUGUAUUGACUAAACAAAUAAAACUAUUAAUUUCUCUGUUUGAUAAAAAGAAGAAACAAGAAGCUCAAAUGGAAGUAGAAGAAAAUGAAAUAGAAAAAGAAAAGGUAGAAGUAGAAAAUAAAAAGACAGAUGAAGAAAAUAAAAUAGAUAAUGAAGAAAAUAAAAAGAUGGAAGAAGAAAAUAAAAUAGAGAAUGAAAGAAAUGAAGAUGAUAUAAAAAACCAGAGUGAUGAAGAACAAAAACCAGAUAACAAUUAA